UGGCAGGCGAUUCGCGCAGACACAAGCUACACUACUCGAAGAAUUCGUCUGACCCUGGCCUGUGCUUCUUCACUUCGACACAUGCCGAUGCUUCCACGACGAUGAUUGCAACGACGACGAUGGCGAGGAUUGUGGCGCCUGCGUUGCUCUUUCUGUUAUCCCUGUUGCACCUAAGCUUUGCGCGGCAAUGGCUGUCUACUCAGAGACCAUUCAUCCCGCUCGACGAAGGACCGCCGCCGCCGCCUUCAAUCGACACUUUCAAGGAGGUGCAGCUUUCCCACACCGGCAUCUACAUGGGCAGCAUCCUGUCGAAAAAUUCACCGCCGUUUAUCUCGCUCUAUGUCAAGCAGCCGCUGUUCGAUGUGAAAACCGUCGAGGUGCGAGCGCAGAAGGUGACACGGCGAGGAUGGUACGACGUCAACCUGGGAUGCGGAGGCCUCGAGACCGGUGGCGUGGAAGCGUGCGAAAAGGACGACAUCAAGAAGGCAAGUUCAGAUUCAACUUCUUCGAUGGCCUCGCAACUUGAAGACUGCAAGCCAUACAAGAUCAUCGAGAGCCAGUGGCGGCUCCUCUUCACGGCAGAGUCGUGCCCAGCGCUUGCGCCUCUUCUCGAUUCAAAGAGUGCGACCAACGAAUCGAGCUUGGUCAGCACCACACUGUCCUUUGACAUCCAGCGCGUUUUUCCCGCAAGGCGAGAGAAGCACCACUUUUGGCUUGCAAGCUUGCAGAGGGGCUCCGACGACGCAGACGACAUUGAUGGUCCGGCAAAGUGGCCCUUUGCCGGGACCGCACAUGGAGGACGCGACUCGACGUCUGAGCGAUACACGGGCAAGACGCCCAACCGCAUCGCUGGUCUGAUGCAGGAUCCCUACAUCCCAAAGGCGGCCAAGCCGUCCUCGGGCGAUCCCCUCAACGGCGUCGAUAUCGGCGCCGUCUCGUGGGACUACGGCAUCUCGAUCGAGGUCCCCAACAACGGAAACUCGUCAGACGGUCCCACCGGUCCGCCAUUGGAGCCCAUUCAUGCGCCCGUCUCGGGACAGAUCGUGUACGUGGGCCAGUACCGACUGGCCAGAAUGCCAGACAACCACCGGAACGAUGAGCGAGGAUGGGGUAUCAUGAUCAGGGACGAGUGGGGCUUUGUGUUUCAGCUGCUAGGCCUAGAUGGAGACUCACUUCGCUUUCAAGAGGGCGAUUCGGUUGGCAAGGGUGAGCUGGUCGGCGGCGCCUCUAGAACACUGCUGUCGAGGGAGCCUCCGUGUCGCCACAAGCCAGCAGACCCGCCAAAGAUGGACGACAAGUCUCGCAGAUAUCCGUUCCGGCGUCGCUUGCUUCGUCUCUUGAUUGCCAGACCCGAUCCGAGCUGGCACUCUUGGAAGGGCUUCUACGAGUCUGGCUGGCAAUACUACAACCCGCUGGAUGCAAUGACGUGGGGCAACUUCACCAGCGUCGUCCCCCCCGACGCUAAUCCGACAUCCCUCUUCUUCGCGAAGCCGAGCGAGGAUCGUGGACUGACACCGCCCUCGAUUCAGUCGACGACGAAGGACUUCUUUGCCGUGACGCUGUCGGGCAAGGUCGAGAUCAUCAUUGGUUUUGACGCUUUUCAAGCCACACCGCUGGAGGCCAGUGAUCAGAUGGACCCGCUCGCCAUCCAUGCGCUUGAGUGGAGUGCCUGGCCUCGGAUCGGCGAAAGCCCUGGGUCAUCGUCGUCAAUCAGCCGGCGUACCGGUGACGCUCAUGCUUUCAAGGGCGACUCGAAGCAGUGUGGAGACAAGCCUCAAGACGUCGAGUGGCGCUCUUCGUUUGAGCACGCAAAAAUUCCCUUUCACUGGUCCACACCGUUGCCCAAGAACGGACUGCUGGCCCACUAUGUGCCUGCCUUUACCGUGGGAACCGUGCCCUUUCUCAAGACUUCGUACGCCUCUCAAUUCGACGAGAAGAGCCGCAAGCUCUACUUUGCGCCCACGCGCAGCCUCCUUGGUGCGCCCGACGGGAGAGGCGCAUGGGAUACGACAAAGGAGCCCGAGGGCAACGGCGUGUACGAGGUCAUGGUGCGGGCAAGGGACUGGUGGGGCAAUGAGGGCUGCUUCGGUAGCCUCGUCACGAUACGCAAUUGAGUCUGAGCCUCCCUUUGCCAUCAUGUACCAUGUAUCUCGCUUCAUCCAAUGCAUUUCUGGAAACGAUGGAUUGUACUCCUCUCUCUCUCUCAUGUUCGCCCCUCGGAGGUGCUACUGGCGAGC